GAAAUUAUCUAAAAAUAAAGAAAACAAUAGCCAAUAUACUUAUGUCUUUAAAGGCCGAUUCGUUAUUCUCACCCCCCAAUAAUUAGGUUCAUAUUAUUUGUCUUUUGUAAAAAAUCUAAGAUAUAAUCCAAAAAAAAAAAAAAAAGAACAAUAUAAAUAUAAAUAUAAAUCAAUUGGAAAGCAAAAAAUGGCUGCCAAGAAUAUGAACAUAAAUAACAAGCUGACCACGGUGGUGGCCACCGCCGGCUAUGGCCCAGACACGAUGACCGAGAUCAGUUAUAUGGACAGCAAGGUCAUUGGAAAUGGCAGCUUUGGCGUCGUGUUUCAUGCCAAACUGAUGCCCAGCAACGAACCGAUUGCUAUAAAGAAAGUUUUACAGGAUCGUCGCUUCAAAAACCGCGAGCUGCAGAUCAUGCGAAAGCUGAAGCAUCCAAACAUUAUCACCCUCAGGUAUUUUUUCUAUUCCAGCGGCGAAAAACGUGAAGAUGUUUAUUUGAACCUUGUUAUGGAGUACAUGCCUGAAACUCUAUAUAAAGUGGAGCGACAAUACGCGCGGGCCAAGCAAACCCUGCCCGUCAAUUACGUUCGACUCUAUAUGUACCAGAUGUUCCGAAGCCUGGCCUUUAUGCAUAGCUAUGGCUUCUGUCAUCGUGACAUCAAACCGCAGAACAUGCUUCUCGAUGCGGAAACAGGUGUGUUCAAGCUGUGCGACUUUGGCAGCGCCAAGCAGCUGAUUAGUGGCGAGACAAACGUAUCGUACAUCUGCUCCAGAUAUUAUAGAUCGCCGGAACUCAUAUUUGGUGCCACACAUUACUCAACAAAAAUCGACAUGUGGAGCGCUGGAUGCGUGGUGGCUGAGCUGCUGUUGGGGCAGCUAAUCUUUCCUGGCGAUUCGGGCGUCGAUCAGAUCGUCGAGAUUGUUAAGGUAAUGGGCACACCGACACCGGAGCAGCUUCAAGAGAUGAAUCCAAACUACAAGCAAUUGAAGCUUCCGCAACUGAAGGCGCAUCCUUGGCCCAAAGUAUUUCGCAUCCGAACACCACCAGAGGCGAUCGAUUUGGUAUCCAAACUGCUCAUAUAUACACCUAAUGACCGUGUGUCACCUCUGAUGGCCUGCGCGCAUCCGUUCUUUGAUGAGCUGCGCAAUGAGCCCAACCAGCAGCUACCCAAUGGACGCCCUCUGCCGCCAUUAUUUGACUUUACGGAAUACGAGAGAUCCAUCGAUCCAAAACUGAUGCCUACUCUGAUGGCAAACGCCAACUCCGAAAAACCUGACACAUCAGGCAGCUCUGGCAAUCGGCGGGCCGCUGGCGAAGAUAACUCACCCCGACUGGACAGCAAUCAGUCGACGCUGCGUAAACAGGUCAAGGAACCAUCAGAUCUAGUAUUGAAGCUGGGCGACAGUGUUCGCGCCCAAAGACCAACCCCUACGCAGUGCCUGCAACGAAGGGAGCUGGGCAAUGGCGACCACGUCGGCAGUACAGUGGUGUGCUUUGAUGAGACGGAUACAGAUGUCUGCGAGGAAGAUGUGAUAACAGAUGCGGCUGAAGAACAGGGUGCUGAGGAGCAAUACAACAGCACUGAUAGCCCCUCUUCCAGUGAUGUGUUUGAGGAGCAGCUAACAGAUGACGAUGACGAUAACAACGACGACGACGACGACGACGAUGAAGCCGACGCAGUCGAUGAUGAUGAAGACAAUGCAGAUGAUGAUAAUGAUGAUUAGGAAGAUGAUGAAGUACACUAAGUAUUGUUAAUGUUUGUUCACAAAUUCCUCAACGCAACAAUUGAUGAGAGCAAUAAAAAUUUAACGUAUAUCGAAAUCAAGG